CGGUUGGAACGGCAGUCAUAACUUCUCCUAUCUCUAUGAAGUUAGAAGUUAUACAGCCAAUAAUGUUAAGAAUGUUGAUAAUAUUUUGGAUUGUUGUGUUUUUUAAAGUGCCAUCUAUUAUGUUAUAGUUUCAAACCAAAAUGUUUUCCGGUGAUGUGUCAAGGCGGGCAGCACUCAUUUCAUGACCAACUACGAGAUGGCGAAGUAAUCGUGUUGAAGUUGACGGCAGGCGGGGCUUGGGGUGCGCACGCAGGUUACAUAACGGUAGCAGAGGCUGUAGGGACGCGCGCAGCGGGAGCGGGGAGCGGGGCGAUCGAUGUGCGCCCGGGGGGUGUCAGUCGAGCGGCGAGCGAGCGACAUGGCGGCGCGCCCACCCCGCGCGGCGGCCCCGCGGCCCGGGCCGCGCGAGUAGGUCGCCAUGCGCGAUGCGGUAUGAGGCAGCGCCGCGCCCGGCGGGCCGGCCCCCGCUAGCGGCGCCGCCCCCGCCAUGCGAGCGCCGCCGCUGCUGCUGCUGCUGCUGAUGGCGGCCGCGGGCCUGGCCGUGAGUCCGCUCGCGCGCCUCAACCCCUGGCUGAGCGCGUGCGAUCUGGAGGAGGAGGGCGCGGGCGCCGAGUGCGGCGACGGGCACGCGGCGUGCAGCGGCGGCGGCGCCGACACGCUGGCGGGGCGCGACGUGCCUUCGCUCUGCGCGCUUGGAGCUGGUGCACGAGCGCGUCGCCUGGCCGAGCUGCGGCUGCGCGCCUGCUGCGAGCGAUCCCCUGCAUCCGCACUGGACCGCAGCGCGCGCGCCGACGUUCUCGCCGGUGGAGAGCGCUGUGAACGCACGCUUCGCGACCUCCUUGCCCUCGACGCCAUGGUGGCGCGCGUGCACUGUGACUUCGCCAGCAUCCUCGAUCGCUACGACUGCGACCAGUCCUAUUCAGUACACACCUGUAACGAGUGCCAGGAAACGUAUCGACGGUGGGCUUGCAGUACAAUGGUGCCACUGUGGGUGGAAGAAGGAGCCGAGGAAAACGAUGAGGGCAGCAGAUCCAGAAGAACACCCGCCGAGCAUGCCGCACGCUGGCACGCGCGCCAUCUCGAGCGCGUGGGUCACCUGGACCGGCGACGAGGCGGCGGCGUCGUCGGUCGCUGGGUGCGCGCAGCGGCUGCCGGCCCCGGCCGACCCCUAGUUCGCCUUAAGCCUUGCUUAUCAGUUUGUCAACUCGUCGAGCAACACUGCCCAUACUUUCUGCCGGCGGACCGCGCUCCUGCUUACCCGACGCAGUAUGCGGGCGAGCCCACGUUCCUAUGUCUCGAUCCACGCAUACCAGAGACCGGCGCUCAGGCGAACAAGUCCAACUACGGUCCCGACGACUGCUGCUACUGGUACUGCGAAGGCCGCCUUUGCUACCACUGCGAGUCGCGGCUGAGCGAGCCGCAGCGGCCCGACGCCGAGCGUUGCAGCCCCGUCGUCGAGCGCACCGCCACCUGCUCCGUGCCCUACCAGGCGCCGGCCUCCGCACCCGCGGCCUCCCCGCGGCCAGCCCUCCUCGCCACAGCCCUCCUUAUCACACUCGCCUCCAUGUUGCGGACUUACUGGACGUCGUUUAUACCUCUAGUGAAUGUGCGUGAAUCGAGGUUAUAGUUUUACGUUUACGUGCGUCGCACCAUCGUGCACUGCGAUCGCCGAACCGCGUUGGAAACUUUUACUAGUGAUGUACUUAUGACGAUAAACGUGCGGUAACGUUUACGAAGCGGCCGGAGACCCGCGACGCCGGGCCCGUUCCGCCGCCGAACGGAAUCGCGAGCCUCCGGCCCUUAUAGACUCUAAGUUAAUAUUUGUGUCCGAUUGUUCAUUACCUAACGAAAAAACACCAAUAGUUCUAUAUCGUUACUAAGAUGUCUGAAGAAAACUGUUGACGAUGAUUGAGUGCCGUUGACGAUGUUCCGGCCAGUAUAUGUAUGUCGAGAAGGUUUUUAAAUUAUUUUGUUGAAGUUAUUUAUUACAUUUGUAAUGUUUAUUAUUUUGUAGCCAAUAUUGCACAAAUAUUUACAGGAUUUAAUGAAAUAGUAACGCGUAUUUUGUUAAAGUUAUAAAUAGUAAUUUUGCAAGCAUUAACUUCCUGAUAGAAGAGGUGGUCUUUUUGCACAAAAUGUGUAACCGUUUCAGCCAACUGGUUGUUACGAGUAGCAGAGUUUAAGUCACACUCACGGCAUUCACAUGUAUAAUGAUUAAAUAAUUGAGCCGGGAGUCGGAAAGUUGUUACAUAAUAUGAGCAUUUGUUUUGCGUUAGUAAAGGAUACAAAAUGUUGGUAUUUGUGCGGCUUUAAAAAUGUUAACUUCACGUAAUACUAUCAUUUUUUAAAUUGUAUUUCAUCAUUGAAGCACAGAUAGGAUAACACGAGUAAUAUAUUAAGAUUAUUUUAAAACAGAUUGACAAUAGUGUUACAUGAAUGAGUUUUAGAAAAUUAUUUUUGUAACGAUAUAGCUUGUCGCGGCAUAGAAGCAAGGGUAUAUAUAAUAUUAGGUUAAAUAAAUUCGAAACAAUGCGAUCAAUAGUAGAUUUAUUUGUGUGUUAGGUAACCAUAGAUAAUUUAAAUCAAUAUUUAAUAAAAGUGGAAUAAUUUCAUUGCCAUAAAAUUUAUGGUUUUUUUGCUAUAAUCACAAUGAUGUUAACCUCAUUAUUUUUGUAGAAAACACCAUUACUUCUGUUUGAAAUAAUAUAAAAGGUCAUUGUUUCUAUGUCCAUCGGCCAAAGAAUGCCUAACACUGGUCUAUAUAAUAUGUAUGAAACAUUGAAAGAAAUGAAUAUUAGGAUUAAAUAACGUAGUUGUUGUUUUGUAAGAAGUAAUGAAAAAUAAAUUAUAUGUAAUAAUAUAUCCGUCUUAUGAAAGUAAGCUAUUCAAGAUUGUACACGUGGUUGAGCAUGAUUUUUAUAUGAUAUUUGUUUUAUAAUAUAUAUAAUGUACAUUUAUAUUAUGUCUUGUAUAUUGCAGAGACCGUCACCAUGUUAAUGGGUGCAGUCCUUUUGAAUAAUUAUAUAGGUUACAGUGUUUGUUAGUUUUUUUAUUUAAAAAAAAAUAAUAUGAUAGUUGCGUCGUUGAAGAUUAUGUGAUCAAAAUCAAAGUAAAAUUAAUGAUUGUAAAGACUUUAUCGAAUGGAUAUUUGUUGAGAAUUAUCCUCGUACGAGGGUGUAGUUGUUGUAUUCAAAUGAUAAUGAUAAUAAUAUUAAGUAAGUUAUUUUUUACGUUUUUAAUGUGUGUGAAUAAAACUAAAACGGUUUGUUGUUUCCACUCCCAGUCUUUGAAUAAAGACCACCGAGGGUGCUAAUUGUCUAUUAAAGCUUAUUAGGAGUUUAUUUUCUACACUUUAAAUUUCUCUAUCUACUUGCACAUUUCAUUAUCGCGGUAAUAAAAUAGAACACUUUGUAUCUAAUUUUAAGUUUAUUUAUUUCAUUUAAUUUUGCUUUAUUUCAUGGAAGGAUUGGAUACACUCAAAGUCUUUUAUAUGUAGAAUCCAUUUUACUUUUACUCUGAAACUGUUUUCGGUAGAACAUGUCAUAACUAUUUCUUUUAACAUGUUAAUCUUAAAUAUAGUAAGUUAUUUCUAUGUCUCACAUUGAUCAACUUUAAUUUACAUUCGUUACGAAAUUACCUACAUCUUUAUUUCGCAAAAAUGUCUAUACAACGAAUUUAAUUUCCAUUAAAACGUUUGGACAUCUGAAUACAGGUAUGAACCCUACUUUUUCGGACAUUCUUAUAGUACAAUUGAUUUGUUUUAAGUUACAGACCUCCAAUCGAGUUUAUUCAAUCGUGAUGCCUAGUGCCUUCACUCAUUUUGAAGUGAAAGCGGUUGCAAGGUUAGAUUAAAAUAUGGAAUAAACUGCCAGUUCUGUCGCUACGAUAGAGCAAUUCAACUUAUGAUACUGUUCAUAUAAUGUCAAGCCGUAGGAAAUUAAUUGAAAGUUAAUUGUAACUAAUAAUAGUAAAUAGAGUUCACAAAUCAGUUAUAGAAUUAAGCCGUAAGUAUGUAAUGACUAAUGAAUAAUCAUUUAAUUAACGUCGUAAUGAAUUGGAUGAGUAAUUGUUGUGACGACCGUUCAUGUUUCAUUUUGUAUAAAUCAAGGGAAUAAUAAAAUUGAUGAAGAAAUGCACUAUAAUAUUGUAUAAUGGAUAGAGAUGCAAUACGGUAACUUGAGUGUAAAGAACGAUGAACCAGUGGCAAAAUGAUACGUGAUAGUUAAAUUCUAAACUAUAAAAACCAACCACCGACGUUGUUUUAUUACCUCAUUCUACACAUUUAAAUAAUUGUUAACCGUAAUAUUUAUUUCGACAAUUAAUUCGUUUUUUUCUCUAAAUUUCACUUCACAACCAUGUUAUGAAUUUUAAUAAUUAUCAAAGUGAGUUAUAAUAGGUACAAUAGGUAAAAUCGGCCCAUAUAGCUUGGGCAUUACUCACGAUAUCUAUGUGUAAAUUAUCAAAAUUUAGAAUUAGAAAAUGAAUUACUAGUACAUAAUUAGUUGGAUCAAUUUCGAGCACUCGUUAAAACUUACACAUUGACCGUACAUUCCUUCUUUUUGGAUAUUUCUACUCUCACUCUUAAAAAAUCUUCUCUUCUUGUCCACUAUUUUAACAUUAGAGUAGAGUAUUAAAGACCAAAAGCGAGGAGUUCGGCUCGAAUGUUGUUUGUGAUUAUAUGACAUGCCUCAUUUUUUUAUUUACAAGUUUUGUUAUUUUUUUAACGAGAAUACAUAUUUUUGAAAUAUAAUAAUGACAGAAUCCCAUUUAUUAUGCAACUGGUUUAAAAGCACGCGAAUAUGAGAACGAAAUCAGGUUUUAGUAACUUUUUAAUUUUUGUAGGAACACAUUAGCAAUAAUUGGUAGUGUUUAACUGUUAUCCAUGUAGAAUCACAUAGACGAGGUCCGCUCAUGAACAAAAUUCAUUGAAUAGUGUCUUUAGUAGGUUUAAUAUAAUGAGUGUAUUUUGAUGUUUCUUUAAAAGUUUGGUGUAAUUUAUGUUCUAUAUUUUAAUUAUAUGUAUGUUUUGAUGUACAUAAAUAACGUGUAAAUGUUUAACGCACAAAUAUUAUGAAAGAAGUUGCUAACAAUGUAUGAAUAUUAUGUACUUAGCUGUAACUAUAACUGGAAAUAAAUAGCAUAGGAAUAUGAAUGUAGUUACUUUGGUGCGUUUUCAAUUUCAGUAUCACGAUUUAUGUAUCGAAUGUUUUCUCAGUUUGUGAUAAAAUUUGGUCGUAUUUUUUUAUCACCAGGCCUUUCGUAUCUUAUUCAGUAUUUGUUUUUGACGAAAUUUUGUGUACACGAUUUAUCCGGACACGCACAGUAAAUCUAUUUGCUUUCGGGGUUAUAAGUGAACUGUAAUUUUACAUAUUGCACAGUUUGUAUAAUAGGAUAAUAUGUUUUUCUUCUUCGUAAUACUAAUGUAAGGGAAACAACACCAAAUGUUAGCCUUCUUCAUACUGUAAAAUGGAUGUUACAUAUUUUAUACGUCGAAAUUUAGGAAUUAUGUUAAUGCGUACUCACAAGAUAGACUAACAAAUGCGCUUAUGAAAAUAAAUAUUAUAUAAGUUGAUAAGUAUCGCGAAGGUACCUCUAAAAUCUAGUAUUGCAUUACAACGAAAAACUUUGUAAUUGUAUAAUGAUAUCUAUCAACAGCAUCACCAUAUUUCAUCCGUUAAGAAUCAGACAGAUUUCCGUGUUUGGUGGUCUGGCAUUUGAACACAAGUUAAUAAAAUUUAUAAUUGCGAUAUUGUGCAUGGCAAGUAUAGGUACUUAUGGUAUACAGUUAACGACCAUCAAAUUUUAUGUAAUUUUUAUGUGAUUAUAUUAAACCGUCUAAGGUAUUUUACGCGAUUGUACUAACCGUGCUUAUUUAUCAGUUAAUCUAGGAUAAUUAUUUCAAUCUUGUUAUUACAAUGGCAAUUCCAUGUGGUGGAAUGCUAAACUAUAUGCUGCGACCAAAGAUAGGAUUCGAAGUCUAAACUGAAUGUUUAUAAUCUAAUAAGUAAUUGAAAGCAGUGUUGGCUUAGUUCGGCUUAAAUAAAAAGUCGUGGAUUUGAGACCAAAAGAGAAGUUAUGCAAUGCAAAUAUUUUAUCGAUGUCAAAUGACAUCUGCUAACUCGACUUGUGUCCCUGCAGAGGUAAAAGAUAUGAAGAAAUGAAUGAAAACUAAUAGAAUUAAAAAUGCACGUUAAUAGGUUCGACUGGACUUGCAUAUCCUUUGCAUUUGUCUAGGGCUUUCAAUUACUUACUAGCUUAUUAUGUUGCGUCGCUAUCUAUAACUCGUAUAAUGUUUGAAUAGUUGCAAUGUAAUAAGACAAUAAUCAUUAAAAGAUAAAUAUUUUUUUGCACAAUGGGAAAGGACAUGAUCGUGGAGGUAGAUGUCGCGUUAUGUAUAUGAAAUUUGAUGGACGUUUACAAUACAAUGUUGAAUGAAAGCAAGGACUCACGAAAGAAAAGUGAAGGGUAUGGAUGUAUUUAUCAUUUUCGAUUAACAAUUGGUUAUUUAGUCAAUUAAUUGGAUUCACCGGUAGGAUCACAUUGUGUUAUAUUAUAUAUAUACAAAUAUUUAUACGUUUGAUGAGGCGUUUGCUGUAAGGUGAAUAUGUUGGAUUCAACCAUGUCUUAUGAUAAACGUGUACCAAAUAAUAGUUUGUAUUACUACUGACUACUACCAUAAGUUUGUAAUCGAUUCAUCAAUAGGUAUCUACUGAAGCCCCGAAAGUGCUAUUUCUUCUUUCAAAUUACUUAUAAAUAGAAUUGUAAUGUAUAAUUUUUGCGAAUGACGACUCAUAUGUUUGUGUACAUCUAUGAAACAAUCAAGCGACUAAGAGAAUAUCGACUUAUUUUUAAUAUUAUCCACUUUUUCAUGAUUAUUGUCCAGUGCGAAUGAUACUACACGAUUUUGAAAAAAUAAGGAAAAUUGAGGUAAAAAUAUUAUAAGCAGAAUAAUAUUGAAUAAAUUUAUUCUCUUAGCCCCUUCUUUGUUGAGUGCCUUAAUGGCUAUAAAAUCCACUCGUAAUUCGAAUAUUUCAAUUGUUUAAAAUACAUUGAACACAAUAGACAUAUUAUAUUUCAUUUGUUCAUUUGGUAGAGAAAAUUAAUAGAGUUAUGUUUAUCUUUUAGUAUAAUAAUUUGGACUUAAUGCUAAUUUUAAUAUUAAUAAGUUCUAGAUCAUAUAAAUAUAUUUUUAUCAGAGAGCACGCAUUCUGUAUGUCACAAAAAUUUGUCUUGUAAUUUGAUCGGUUCGUAAAUUAUUAAAGAAAGCGGUAAUGUAUCUAAAAUCAUAGUGAGAGAGUUAGAAUAGUGUAAAGUGUAAAAUUUAAAUGAGAAGUAACAACGAGAAUGAACCCGAUGCGGGUCAUUCCAACGGUUGCAACUGCCAUAAGGCAAGUAAGCAGGCCUCCUAUAUAUUAAUAUGAUCUAGGAUGUGUCGUAGGUGUUUCUCGAGUAGUGGUCGUGUACUAAGUCUUUUUCGCCUCGUAAAUAAUGGUUGACCGAUUUUACAGUCACGUCGGCGUUAAACACCAACAAUCCACUAUUAUUUACAAACGUAAACAUCUUCAAUAUAUGAUGAGGCCGUCCUAGAUCCAUGUAGAAACGUGUGAUUGUCCAAUAAACGGACGGCGCGAACGCUUAAGUGAGUGUACAGUCGGCGCUACGAGCCUGGCGAUGGAGGGACGCGUGCGCCGGCCUACGCCGUAGCAAGCGCCGGCUACCCCUCUCCGUAUUAGCAUCGUUUGACACUCGAAGUAAGAUUAAACGUUUCACGUUCGUAUAAUGUAGACAGAUUUUCAAAUUUAAUAUUAUUUGCAUUUUCCUAAGAGUUAGAACGAUCGAGACAGUAGGUCGCACGACCGUGUUAUGAAGAAUUGUGGAGAUGUUUAUUAAAAAAGUGCGUUUAUGAAAAUGAAAUAAAAACGAAAAAUAUUGUCGAUAAACUUGUAAUUACUAACAUAAGUGGAAUUAUUGGAGGAACAGAAAACUGUUAAAUAAACAAUUCAAAAAAUG